UUUCAUUUUUGUUAGUCCAAAGUCCCAUUCAGAAGGGUUUUUAGGGUUUAAGAGCAACGUCGCUGCCACUGCCACUGCUAUUUCAGCUCUCUCGCUUUCAUUUCCGUUCUGCUGAGUUCUUCAUCACAACUAUUCUCAAUUUCUCGCCAUGUGGGCUCUUCGUAGAGCUUCUACUCCUCUUAGGAAUCAAGGAUAUAGAGUAAGAAAUUCAUACGUCCUUGGCAAACUAGGGAUGCCAUAUUCUUGGGAAGGAAAUAUAGAUGGUUUGGGUGCUGCCCCUGCUAUAUCUGAUAGGUGCAUUUCUUUUGAGAGAAAUAAACUUGCAACAUGGCAAUCCUCUGGGCUUUAUAUUAGUAGUCAUGGUCUAUCUUCACAAGCUGGUGCUGAGAACAGUGGAGAGGAAGAUGACUUGGAAGAUGGAUUUUCUGAGCUUGAAACGCCUCCAAGCACUAGUUCACUUGGAGAUAAUAAAGCAGCUGAUGAUAAUGAAGAGGGAUUAAUCUCUGGAACAGAAGUUGAGGAUGACGAUGACGAUGAUGGGACUCAAAAUGAACUGGAUUUACCUGAGGUUGAAACUGAACUUGUUGAAAAGAUAUCAACAAAAAGGGCUCCUUCAGCGCUGUUCAAGGCUAUUUUUAAUGCUCCAGGUUCUGUUGCUAGUGCACUUGAUAAAUGGGUCAGCGAAGGAAAAGAUUUAAGCCGGGCUGAUAUCUCUUUGGCCAUGCUCAAUCUUCGUAGACGUCGAAUGUUUGGGAAGGCUUUGCAGUUUUCAGAGUGGUUGGAAGCAAGUGGACAACUCGAAUUUGUUGACAGAGAUUAUGCUUCUCGCCUAGACUUGAUUGCAAAGGUACGAGGUCUCCACAAGGCAGAGAGUUACAUUGAUAAAAUCCCAAAAUCCUUCCAGGGGGAGGUAAUAUACAGAACUCUUCUGGCCAACUGUGUGGUUGCCGUCAAUGUAAAGAAGGCAGAGGAAGUAUUUAACAAAAUGAAAGACCUUGAAUUCCCAAUCACAACAUUUGCUUGCAACCAGCUGCUUCUUCUUUACAAGAGGCUUGACAAGAGGAAAAUAGCCGAUGUGUUACUGUUGAUGGAGAAAGAAAAUGUCAAGCCUUCCCUGUUUACUUACAAAAUCUUAAUAGAGGCUAAAGGCCUUUCAAAUGACAUAGUUGGGAUGGAACAAGUUGUUGAUACGAUGAAGGCUGAAGGAAUUGAACUUGAUAUAGCUACUCUAGCGAUAUUAGCUAAGCACUAUUCUUCAGGUGGGCUUAAAGAAAAAGCCAAGGCCAUUUUAAAGGAGAUGGAAGAAGUUAGCGCCAACGAUCGUCGAUGGCCUUGCAGAAUUCUACUUCCCCUUUACGGAGAGCUACAAAUGGAAGAUGACGUGAGGAGGGUCUGGAAGAUCUGUGAGUCAAAUCCUCGUAUUGAAGAAUGCAUGGCUGCCAUCGUUGCUUGGGGAAAGCUGAAGAACAUCCCAGAAGCAGAGGAAGUUUUUGAAAGAGUGUUAAAGACAUGGAAGAAGCUGUCCUCAAAACAAUAUUCUACCAUGUUGAAGGUUUAUGCAGACAAUAAGAUGCUGAUGAAGGGAAAGGAUCUAGUCAAGCAGAUGGCAGACAGUGGUUGCCGAAUCGGCCCAGUCACGUGGGAUGCAGUUGUGAAGCUUUAUGUGGAAGCUGGGGAGGUAGAGAAGGCAGACUCUUUCUUGCAGAAGGCUGUCCAGAAAAACCAGAUGAAACCAUUGUUUACCUCUUAUAUGAUUAUUAUGGAUCAAUAUUCAAGGAGAGGCGACGUCCACAAUGCAGAGAAAAUGUUUCAUAGGAUGAGGCUAUCGGGUUACGUUGCUCGAUUCACCCAGUUUCAAUCUCUGAUACAGGCAUACAUUAAUGCAAAGGCUCCAGCCUAUGGUAUGAGAGAGAGAAUGAAGGCAGAUAAUGUGUUUCCAAACAAAGCUUUGGCAGGAAAAUUAGCCCAAGUUGAUGCAUUCAGGAAAACAGCAGUGUCAGAUUUGCUUGACUGAGGAAUUGAACUCGAUACUGUUGGAAUGGAUAAACUCAGAUUUCAACUCUGUUUUGAAAAUCACGUGUUAGUGGCUGCGCUUUGAAAUAUGGAAGUAUACACCUGUUGAACAAAGAAAACUUCAAAAUGGAUCGAGCCACACGUGUGUUAAUAUAUUUGUAGGAGGAGAUUUUUGUUUGGAUUCUGUUCCUCCUGUGAAUUGAAAUGUGUGAAUUGAAAUGAGAAGACUGAUGAUGUGAAACUUUCGAAGAUGUUGGAUUAUCAACUAUUAAUGUGCUUUUUUUGUCUUUUUUAAUUGUGGAAUUGAGAGGAAUUAUGUUAUCUGAUGCUGGAAAUAAGGCAUCUUCAUGUUCUCUUUAUUAUAUCAAACAAUAAGAUGGGAGAAAUUCAAAACUUGCAUGAUGAAAA